AUAAAUUAAUUACCAAAAUUUGAGGACUCUUUAAAGCAUCGGUUCUUGUGAUUUGCUAUGUGGCUUAAACGGUUCCCCUUCUGUUUUUAAUGCUCAGAAGUUUCUGCAGAGAGUUGAAAAUCAGUGAAAAAAACAGUGAAGUGAAGAAGUGAAUGUAGGGAGAUGGAAUUUGAUUAGCGUUCUUGUUUCAUUUUGAUUCUGUGGCAAGUUAUGAAAUGGAUUCUUUCGAGGCUGUUAAAACUGUUCAUGGCAGAAUCUUAUUGUUGGAACCAGAAAAUGUUGCACGAAAGAUUAUUGGAUAUAUUUAUUUACAAGACCUUCCUGACCAGGAAAUGAUUCGGUUAGCUUUAGGGCCAGAUAGCUUAAUCCACACAUUGAUACAGAAAGCAAAAACUGCACUUAGGUUAGCACCAGUUGUUUCACCUCCCAUUUCUCCAUCCAUUAACCCGAACCCUAUAUCAGAUCCGUCCCUUCACAUGACCCUCCCUCUGCCAGCUUCACCACGCUCAUUUCCAUCUUUGUCUUCACUUCGGAGGGUAGAUCCUUAUUUGCAUCCUCAGGUAGUUGCUAAGCAGCAGCGAGUGCAUACUUCACCUUUCAAAGUAUUGUCUUACUCUGAUUCAAAUCCUGAAGAAUACUGUUUUCAAAACCAAUUCCGGGGUUUGGAGGAUCAGCUAGACCUAGCCAGCUCUGGGCCAUCAGGUUUUCUAAGUGAUUAUUAUUGUUCAGAAGCCGCCGCAUUCCAUAAUCCGAGUAAUAGAUGUUUGAGGAAUUCUCCAAUUUUAGUGAAUUAUCCGGUUAAGGCUUGUCACUAUUUCAACAAGGGCUUUUGUAAGCAUGGAAGUAACUGUAGGUAUUUUCACGGAGAAUAUUUUCCAGAGAGCUAUCAACAUAUAUUUGGUCCUAAUUCUUAUCAAUUUGACGACGAAGAUCAAGUGUUCCCGCCUGGGUCCCUUGAGAAAUUAGAACUGGAAAUCACGGAGCUAUUGAAAUCCAGAAGAGGUCAUCCUGUUUCCAUUGCAUCCCUGCCGAUGAUAUACUACGAGAAAUUUGGUAAAACUCUACAAGCCGAAGGAUAUUUGACUGAAAGCCAAAGACACGGAAAAGCUGGUUAUAGUUUGACUAAACUUCUUGCUAGGUUGAAGAAUAGUAUUCGGCUCAUUGACAGGCCUCAUGGACAGCAUGCAAUAAUACUGGCUGAAGAUGCUCCAAAGUACUUUGACAUCCAGGGUGAAAGAAAUGAUCCUGGUCUGACUAUUAGCUGUUCUCGACAAAUUUAUCUAACAUUUCCAGCCGAGAGCACUUUUACUGAGGAAGAUGUAUCCAAUUACUUCAAUACUUUUGGUCCAGUUCAAGACGUGAGAAUUCCCUGCCAGCAGAAAAGGAUGUUUGGUUUUGUAACUUUUGUGGAUGCAGAUACUGUUAAGUUAAUUUUGUCCAAGGGAAAUCCACAUUAUGUCUGUGGGGCUCGUGUUCUUGUGAAACCUUAUAGAGAAAAGUCCAAGCUUGUUGAUAGGAAAUACGAAGUAAAACUUGAGCAUCCUAUGUAUUAUCACUCGCAGCCAAUAGAUAUCGACUCUGAGCUUCUAGAGAGAUGGGAAUCCUCUAGGCUGCUCAGGAGGCAACUAAUGGAAGAGCGUGAAUGGGCCCUUGAACGCGAGGCAUUACAUCUCUCACAGCUCCAGGUAGCACAAAAACCUCUGAUCAACCAACCCUGCUCGGGUUAUUUGGUGGAUGUGCCAAAAAUGCCUGAAGAUAAUUCCAAGUUCUCGUCUGAGCGUUUCAAUUAUCUGUUUGAUGUUGUAAACAGUGGCUCUACGGGUGAUGAUAACCCCAAGCCCUCGAUUGCAAAUUACAGUGAUCAAGAGAGCAAUCGCGGACUGCAUCUUCCUGACAGCCCUUUUGCAUCUGCAGUUGCUAGUAGCAUUUCUGCAGUCAUAUAGAUCCAGAAUAAAUACUCAAGAACUAUAGAGUUUAUGAAGUUUGGGUUUUAAAAGGCAACAUCUUUAGUUUGACAGAUCAUGGCUCUUUUUCUGCUUUUCCGAGGAAUCAAAAUUUAUUCUGCAAGUACAUAUUGGUAUAGAAAGAGACAUCCGAAGAAUAUGACAUAGAAGGAAUCUCCGAAAUUUGCCUUUUCUUUUUGAAAUUUCGCUUACAGAAGGAGGAUAGAUAUCUUAAUGUCUAGUAAUAUAAGAAUUUGUCGAUAAUAGACUAAGUAACUUCAUGACAGUGAUUACUAGUACUUUCACAUAACAAAUUGAAUUCAUAUCGAAAUACUUCUUUAUAUACCGAUGUAAAUAUUUGUUGCUA